UGUGGCAUUAUUCAGGUUGGUGCACAUGGUACUGGUGCAAGAUUGCCACCUAUUGAUGAGCAGGUCAUCAGCAUGAAACUGGUUACUCCUGCUAAAGGAACAAUAGAGAUUUCAAAAGAGAAAGAUCCAGAGCUAUUUUAUUUAGCUCGUUGCGGGCUUGGGGGGCUGGGAGUGGUUGCUGAAGUCACCUUACAAUGUGUUGAGAGACAAGAGCUUGUGGAGCAUACAUACAUCUCCAACAUGAAAGACAUCAAGAAGAACCACAAGAAACUGUUAUCUGAGAAUAAGCAUGUGAAAUACUUAUAUAUCCCAUACACUGACAGUGUUGUGAUAGUGACAUGCAACCCUAUUUCAAAAUGGAAAGGUCCACCCAAAUUCAAACCCAAAUAUAGUAAAGAUGAGGCCAUAGAGCAUGUCCGUGACCUUUACAAGGAGUCCCUCAAAAAGUACAGGACUGGAGAAAUUGCAGCUAAAGCUGUGGACAAGGAUGAAACAAACAUAAAUGAACUUUCAUUCACUGAGCUAAGAGAUAAAUUGCUUGCUCUUGAUCCUCUCAACAAAGACCACGUCAUAAAGGUUAAUCAGGCUGAGGCUGAAUUCUGGAAGAAGUCAGAAGGAUACAGAGUGGGUUGGAGUGAUGAGAUUCUGGGUUUUGAUUGUGGUGGGCAGCAGUGGGUAUCAGAAACUUGUUUUCCUGCUGGUACCCUCUCCAAGCCAAGCAUGAAAGACCUCGAAUACAUAGAAGAGCUGAAGCAGCUCAUAGACAAAGAAGAUAUACCUGCACCUGCUCCUAUAGAGCAGCGCUGGACAGCUUGCAGCCAAAGUCCCAUGAGUCCAGCUUCAAGCUCAGCCAAAGAUGAUAUAUUCUCGUGGGUAAGUUCACUGCAACUUCUACUUCCUAAAAUUCAUUAUUUAUUGCUGGAACUUUGUGGCAGUUGAAUUGGUGAUCAUCAU